AUGGCCGACAGUGCCGAUACUAGUAACGCGCUUCAGAUCCGACACGGUCAAUCGGAAGACAACUUGCGAGAUGUUUGGGCUGGAUGGAAGGAUGCACCUUUGUCAGAGCUCGGGAUGAAGCAAGCAGACGCUCUCGGCCAAUCAUUCCGUGAUGACGACACCGGCUUCGACUUCCUCUACGCCUCUGAUCUUCUGCGCGCGCAUUCGACGGGGCUCGCAGUCUUGGACGCCCACCGCGAACCCAAGCCCGCGUUCGCGGUGAGCGAGAAACUGCGGGAGCAGUACUUUGGUAUUGCUGAAGGCAACCGUUGGCUUGUCCGCAUACCAAGCGACCAAACGAGGGAGCAGCUGUAUGAGCAGAAGCUCUUUCCCGUGUUCCGCUCUCGUCACGAGAAGUUCCCCGAGGGCGAAUCGUUGGACGAUUUGGCGGAGCGUGCCGACGAAGCUGUGAAGCUGUUCAUCCUGCCGCAUAUCAAGAAGGGCACGAAUGUGCGAGUGGCGAUAGCGAGCCACGGGCUGUGCAUCAGCGAGUUGGUUGCAGCACUGUUACGGCUAGAUUCAGAUUCCAAGAGAGACGUAUCGUAUGCGGGGCUGUUGAACACAGCAUGGACUCGAGCUGUUGAUACCUCAUUCACUGGUCCCAUUGACAGCUCGAACCCUCCUCCCCUGAAUGUGAAGAUAACCCACGUAAAUAACUCGGAGCAUUACAAUCUACUCCAGGGGACCAACACAAACCCGGUUCCAGUGGGCGAGGAAAGCUCAGGCGCCCGUGCCUUCUUUGGAGGCAAGACCGAGAUCUAGAUCAGCACACUGGAGAUGAUCAUUGCUGUAGAGCUUGUAGUCUCCUUCUAUCGACUUCCAUAGACCUCGUUGGCCUGAUCAGAAACGAAUCGCAAUGCAUGCCAAAGUAAAGGAAUCUGCCUGGGCACGGACAGCCGGUGGGCGCUCCGUCGGAACGUCAUCUGCUGUGAACUGUUGGCGAACCCGUUCGGCAACUUUUGCCCCGCAUUCAGAUCUCACACUCGAGCGGAGUCUCCUGGAGUACCGUUGUCCAUAAGAGACAUGGUCUGUUUUCUAUGAUGGAACACGGUCUAGUGCUCGGGGUCCUGGCACUCCGUGACUCUAUAGCUCAUAUGUGCUCAGUAAAUAGCGGAAAAUGACAGCUACUGUAACGUGAUCGUCCUUGCCAGCUCCAAGUCCGACGUCCCAUGUCUCGUUUCAACCGCAAUCCAGAGGGCCGCAACCAGUGGGCAAGAGGUGAAGAGCAAGAGGAAAAGAUCAAGGAGGCUCUCAUUAGCUACCACGGCGAAAAUAUCACCCAGUAUGGCAGAAUCGCGAAGCUCCUCAAGAAGGAUUUGGGUGUUACGAUGUGUGCGAAAACUGUCCAGCGCCGACUUGCUCAUCUUGAGCUUUUUGCCUCCAAUGGCACAAUGAAGCGCAUCGACAAGAAAGACGCCACUCAGCUGGUCAUCAACGAGCUGGAUAAGGACGUUACAAAGCAUCUCGGGGUCAAGUCCAUCAGGGACAAGGUGAUUCAAGCGUCGAGUAAGAUCUUGUCCAGGAACUUCGUCUCGGAGAUCAUGCACUUGCACGAUCCGGAAGGUUUUGCUCUUCGGAACCCAACUGCGAAGAAGAUAUACAGGUCAGUCUUGUACCCGUUCGGUAUCCACGAAAAGUGGGCAGGUGACGGCCACGACAAGAUGUACGGGAUUGGAUUCCCGGUGUACGCAAUCGUCGACUAUGCCACUGGCAAGACCCUCGGCGCCUGGGUUGUGCCCAGCAAUCGGAUGAAGGAUGUUGUAGCGUACCUGUACCUCUGUCUUGUGGAAAGGUACGGUGGUAUACCCCUUACGACCACAACAGACUGUGGAUCUGAGACCACGAAGAUGGCGGAGCUCCAGGAGACUUUGCGCUCGACCUUCCACCCGGAUAUCUCUGUCAUGGACGUGCCAGCGCACAACUACCUGCGCAGUGUCCACAAUGUUGCGGUGGAACGAAGCUGGUUCCGCCUCCGUCUGGACUUUGGUGACCGUGCCGUCUACCUGUUCAAGGAGGGCAUCAUCACCGGCAUCUACAAUCCUCAUGACGUUGAUCAACUUCAGCUUGCACGGUGGAUAUGGUCGCGUGUACUCCAGCAGGAGCUUGACUCCACCGUCAGUUUCCAGAAUGCGUCCACUGUCCGCAAGCAGAAGGAGAAGAAGGGCCCCUCUGGUUACAGCCGCAACUACGCAUUCAAGAUGUUUGAGGAGUGGGGAGGAGUGGACUGCAAGCUCGAGGUGAACCUCGAUUGGGUGCGCGAGGAGAAGCUGAAGCUCGGAGGUGAAGCGCUCCUCGAGUUCACUACAUCGGAGUUCUCUGCCCAGGCUCAAGCCGUAUUCAAUACUCUGGGUAAUGUUGCGUUUACCAUGGAUAACGG